ACUAAGUGAAUUACUUCGGCUUUAAGUAAGCGAUUUCUUUAUGGAUGUGUGGUUUCUUCAGCUUUUUGUAUCCCCCAGCCAGGACAGAUGGGCUAUUUUCUUAAAAUAUGAAAGAAGCUGAAGUUCCUAUAAGACUUUAUUUGGGAAAUUUUAUUUAUUACUGGGAAACAUACCCUUCUGUCGUGGCUAUCAAUUUUCCUGGCAUUUGACCAUACCUUUUUCGAAAAGCGAAAGUAUCUGCAGAACCGCAGCACUUUAGUUUCAUUAAUUAAAGGUUUUAUCCCUUUUUAGAGUCAGAUAAGCUCUGCAUUCUUUUGUUUAUUUAUAUGAGGAUAUGAAGGUCUGCUGUGAAGCUUACUGGCUGAAACCGGUAAUUAAUGAAACACGUUUUUUAAAUAUAAAAUUGGGGAAUGCCUCAACUUUAUUUUCUAUUAAAAAAAAGAGGAUCUGCCAUCCAUAUUCUACACAAAUUUGUAGAAACUUCCUGGUCCUUCCCAACUUUCCAGACACUUUUCUUUUUACCUCAGCAUUUCAAAGGUCUGAAAAGGUUUCAGCACAAAACAUCUAUUUUUAGCACCUGUUUUUUUUAAUAUACCCCUUAGCUAUUUUUCCAGAUAUGAGGAUUAGAACUGCAUCUUUCCCUGUCAGUAAGGCCUCUGAAGCAUUCCUGCACUGAUCUUUUUGUUGAAAUAAAGAUACAAAUGUGCCAGGAUAAGUGGACAGCUGCAAGCCAUGCUUUGGAAAAAGCCAGAAAAAAAAUGCAAUCAAGUUUUACAUUUCAGAAAGUCAGUUGCAAAUGGCACUUUAGGGAAGAUUUUGGAUAAACAAGUAAACUGUUGAACAAGACUUAGAAAUCACCUCCCAACUUGGUUUCCUCCAGAUGUGAUGGACUACAGGCCAACCGUGAACUCCUGAAUUCAUCUAUUCAUUGCCCAACUCAAUUUUGAAGGGACUAUAUAAAGUUCAAAAGUAAAAUUUAAUGGAAUUAAUUUGAUCAGAGCAUGUCUAGCUUCUACGCCAAAUCUACAAAAUUGUGGGGAAAAUAGGAGGAGGAAGGAGUAUUAGGUAUGUUCAAAAUAGAUAAACAAACAAACAAACAAGCAAAAUCAAUAUUUAUUACUGGUGUUCGUAGCACCUCUAUUUUAAAAUGGCUCAGGGUGGAAUAACAGAAUUGUAACACUAGAAAUCUUAUUUUGAUCCAGCAGCCAAAAGAGAGAUUUUCUUCUAAACAAGUUAAAUCAAUCUGGGCUGCUUGAUUAAUUUUUGGCAAGAGAACCUGAAUAUUCACCUGCCUCUCCCCACCUACCAAAGCUUCUCUGCCAGAAAACAAACUUUUCCAUCCUGCUAUGUCAGCAAAGAGUUUGUCAAAUGACAAAGACCUUAGUAACAGAUUGAAGGCUUGCAAAUACUGCAAUAUAAAAUUUGACACACCCUACAACCUCAGCUCCUUCCUUCAAAUAAUGCACUGCUAAAACAUUUUCUAAGAAUUCUGCUAAGCUGGAAGAGAUGCCAAGUUUUGAUGCCAAGUUGGUUCUUCCAGUAAGCCGUCAGUCAAAGAUAUAGGGGAGGAGAGUAAAAAGGCUGACGGAUUGCCACAGCUACACCUACAGAAGAGAAAGCAGAUCUGCGGUGCUUGUUGGCCAAGAAACCAAAAUGGACUUUUGGAAGAUUCUAUUGCUGUUGAUGCAUUGCAGAAAUGUAAUUGCCACUUCAGGUUCCUUCUGGCAUAUCUCAGACCUUCAUCUUGACCCAGAGUAUCAAAAGUCCUCCGAUCCCUUGAAGGUGUGUCCAUCUGCUGGCACUCAGCCAGUGAUCAGUGCAGGAACCUGGGGUGAUUACUUGUGUGACUCUCCCUGGAUUCUUAUCAACUCUUCUAUUUAUGCCAUGAAGAAGAUUCUUCCUGAUCCAGACUUUAUUCUUUGGACUGGAGAUGAUACUCCUCAUGUGCCAGAUGAAAAGCUGGGAGAUGAAACAGUGUUGGAAAUAAUAAAAAAGCUUACUAACCUAAUCAGACAUGUCUUUCCAGAUACUCAGGUCUAUCCAGCAAUGGGCAACCAUGACUUCCACCCCAAAAAUCAGCUUCCAGUUGAGGAGAACAAGAUCUACAAUGUAACAGCAGAACUAUGGCACCCCUGGCUUGAAGAGCCCUCCAUACAGAAGUUCAGAACAGGUGCUUUUUACAGUCAAUUGUUGCCUGGUCUUGGACCAAGAAGGCGUAUAAUUGUCCUCAACACCAAUCUGUACUAUGAAAGUAAUAAUCGGUCCGUGAGUCUGGAGGAUCCAGGAGGCCAAUUCCAGUGGCUGCAAACUCUGUUGACCAAGGCAUCAGAAACAGGAGAAAAGGUCUAUAUUAUUGGACAUGUUCCUCCUGGUGUCUUUGAAAAGAAACGAGGCAAACCCUGGUUCCGAAAACACUUCAACCAAAGAUAUACAGAAAUCAUUCAGAAACAUCAUGCUGUAAUUGCAGCACAAUUUUUUGGGCAUCACCAUACAGAUAGCUUUAGAAUGUUCUAUGAUAACACAGAUUCCCCAAUCAGUGUCAUAUUUUUAGCUCCAGCAGUUACACCUUGGAAAACAACCUUGCCAGGUGUGCAGAAUGGAGCCAACAACCCUGGCAUCCGUGUUUUUAAAUAUGACCGUGAGACUCUGCUCGUGAAGGAUAUAGUAACUUACUAUUUAAAUCUCACCCACGCUAACAUGGGUACUCCAGAGUGGAAGAAAGAAUACAGCCUGACAGAGGCAUACCAGAUCCCAGAUGGUUCUGUUCGCUCCAUGCAUCUGCUUAUGGAGAAGCUUAUGAAAGAUGAAAGCCAGCUCCAGAAGUACUACCGAUAUAAUUCAGUUCAGUACGAUAACACAUUCUGCGAUGACAGCUGCCAGACAGAUCACAUCUGUGCUAUCAGAGAAGUUGACUUUGAAAGAUACAGUCAAUGUGUUACAGCCAGAAGCGCUGCAGCUGCAACACCAAUUCUGGACAUUUUCUUAUUUUGCCCCACAAUAGGUCUCAUUACUUUAGGUUUCUUGAAUGUCUUGAGCAAGCUGGGCCACAAAUAACACUACGUGGAUUCCACAAGAGUAAAGAAGAAACAUAGAAUGGAAACUAAUCAAGGAGAGAAGCAACCUAGAACUAAGGAGACAUUUCCUGACUCUUAGAACAAUUAAUCAGUGGAACAACUUGCCUUCAGAAGUUGUGAAUGCUCCAACACUGGAAGUUUUUAAGAAGAGAUUGGACAACCAUUUGUCUGAAAUGGUAUAGGGUUUCCGGUGCCAUCAUCCUGAGAAUUUAGACCAUCCAUUUCUGAUGAAUUUUUGAACUGCAAACUCGUAAACAUCAUCAUCAUCAUUUCAAAGUUAUUAUUUUUCUUGCAUUGGGAGGGUGCAAGGUUUCCCUUGGAAAAACCAAACACUUAAGUGACAAAGUUUCUAAUAUAAGAAUAGCAGCAUCAUAAAAGGGUACUUCCAACUGAUGUUAGUGAAAGAGGAGAGGUUCUGAUGGACUGUCCCAGAGCAUGGACUUCUCUUUAACACCCACAUGAAAUUGCUGGUAUCAAUACACUGAUACCAAUUUUAUAUCUCCACUCUAGGCUGAGUAAAUGACAUUGUGGAAUUCUUGAUUUGAUAUCUAGAGGCUAUAAAGAACUGGAUUCAGUGAAACAGGUUCAACUGAAAACUUAGUAGAAUUAUUAUUUAUGCCAAUGUCUUCAGUUGCAUAAAAUGUGUAGAAAAAUGUAAUAUGUGUAAACCAACACAAUUGUUUGACCGGAAAUUUUUAUCUUUUACUGAGGGCACCCUAGAAUCAGAGAUUCAGUAAAAUUUCAAAACAUUC